AUGGCUAGCUUACUCAUUCCAAAGAACCUGCAUCUCUUCAUUCCGAUGAUGCUUUCCGACCUAGAAAUAUGUUCCUGUACACUUGGAAACUUGAAAGAAUCCAUUGCCGUCUCUCUCCAUUCUAUGGUUGAAGAGGUGGUUAGAAAGGGACGUUACUUGCUGCAGGUUGUAUUGGAGAUUGAAGAUCUUAUGUCAAAUUUCUACGAUGAAGAGGAAGUGAUCCAUCAGGCUCUUGCAGACUCGAUGGACAUGGAUGGGGACAAUGGAGGAUUCAGCGGGACCCCUGCUUCAAGAUCAUCAAUUGAGGAGGCUUUGAGAACAGAGAAGGUGGGAGAAAGAGAUUGGAUGGAGAAUUGUAGAAUUUGUUUGGAUGAGUUUAGUGAUGAAAUGGAAGUAAAGCGCAUGGCCUACUCUCAUGUUUUCCGCGGAGCUUGCAUUACUCAGUGGUUGGAGUAG